AUGACCUUUAAGGACAAAUUUGGCUAAUAAAAAGACAUCCACACUGUAAGAAACUCAGAUGAUGUUAGCAGUUCUUAUCAUUUGAAAAAUAAAGUGGAUUCCUUAUUCAGGAGUUCUCUUGACCUAUUUCCACACAAAAAUAGUUACAGCAAGACAGGAUUUAAUUAUGAAGUUGAUGGUCAUAAGCAUAAACAUUUAAUUGAUCCAUUAUAGGAAUAUAAAUAAAAAAGAUAUGAAAUCGACAAUUAAGUGAGAUCUUAUAUUAAUUCCUACAAUAACUAAGUCAAUUAAAAACCUACAGCAGAUAUCCAUAAGCACACACCUAUUAACAUGGUAAGAUUUUUUACAAUAAAAUCUAUAAUUCAAAUUCAGAUUAAAAAAGAAGAUGAAUUAGCUAUAAAGAUUAACAGAGUGAAUUCACUUCCAGCCUUAACCUAAAAUAUGAAUUUUUAUCAUCCACCGAAAAGCCCUCCUAUUUCAAGAGAUAAUUAGAUAGUUUUCAUUAACCACGGUAGUUAGAUAAAAUGUCCAAGUGAGAGAAAGACUCCUCCUCCCCCGAAAUGGGGAGAAGACGAUAAUCCAGGUUAUGAUCCCUACGAACCAUUUUAUGAUAUUAAGAAAGAUCCUAUAUUUCUUAAGAAAGUGUAGACAGAUAAGAAUCAUCUAUUUAUAAAGUACGAGGACAGCAAUAAUAGCUUUAAUUAGCUUCCAAAGAUUUAAAAACCAAAGAUGAUGAUAAUUAAUAAUCAAAACGAGUUAUUUCAGCCUGAAAUAUCUUCAUUUACAGAAAUUAAGAAUAAAUUUAUGCUCACUGAUGAAUUGAAAAAGAAAUUAGCAAAGAAUAAAGAGUUUCUAAUGAAUGGGCUGCUGAACUUAAAUAAGCCACCUGAAAAGUAAAUGCAUUCAUCACCUUCAAAGAUUUAAAAAGUUAAACCUAAUAAGGAGCAGAGAGCUAAGUAAAGUUAUGAUGACAUGAAGCCUUUCAGAGAGGUAAAGCAAAAAUAAAUUAGAAGCGGUGCCUUCUAGAGAAUAAGUAAAGAUUGA